AUGUUGACUUCAGAAAUCAAAUCUGAAGUGAACCAGAUCUUGGAGCAUGAUGUGGGUGACUUGGCUAAGUGGAAAGCCCUUUGUGGCUACUUCUUGGAUAAAAAGAUUUGCUACUAUACCACCAUCAAGGUCCAGGACAUGCUUGCGCAUGGCCAAAACAGAGGUGGCAGUGGCAUUUCAGUGCACAAUGCUCAUGCCAAGGGCCAGAUCAUUUUGACAGCAGGUUGUGACCCAACCUUGCUGCAAAAUUCAACUUGCUUUGAAAUCAAUCCUGAUAUGACCAAGAGAGCUUUAGCUUCAGGCUGCAAGUCUCCAAUUGCAGAGCUGAUGGAUGCCAAUGGCAGAAUGUCAGCUGCUUUGCAUUCUCAUGACCAUGAGUUUGCCAAGAUCAUUGAAGAGGGGUGGAAGUGGCUGGUCAUUCCAUGGUUUGUUGAGGAAGAGUGGCCUUCCUUGCCACAUUUGGCACAAAAAGCCUUGAACUCCACCAACCAAGCUUAUGAAGCUGUUUCUGAGCAAGAGCUUCUGGCAACCAUUGCCAGCAGAGCUGCUUCUUUGACCAAGCUUGGCAAAGAACCUGAUUUUGGAAGCAUAGCUAAGGAAGCUGCUGCAGGCCCUAUUGCAGCUUAUGCUGAAACCCUGGGGAAGUUUGUGCGCCUUUAUGGAGGAGGGGGUGCUGAUUUCCCAUUGAUUGCAUUUCUGGUAUCAUUUGCGCCAUCCCAGGGAAAGUCAAUCUCUUUGGGAAAAGACUUUUGGUCUGCCAUUACUGAUGUUGAGCUCUCAAAGACCAAUCUUUUCAGCCUGACAAGGCUUGCAAUGGCAGUGACAAAUUUCCUUUCACCAAGAAGCAAGGUUUCUGAUGGCUUUGGGAGACUCCUUUCCAAGAGUGACAUACAGCAGCUGAAGAACAAGAAGUUCAAUGUCAUUUUGGGCGACAUGGAGAAGAUGUUUCAUGCAGCAUGGACCACUGUUGAGAAAGAGUCCAUCAUCAAGCAACAGGCUUUUGGCAGGCUCUUGAUCAAGUCCUUGCUGCACAUCCUGAAAAAAAGCAAGGCAGGCCAUGAGCAAAAAGAGUAUGAAAGCUUGGAAGCUAUCAACCAGAAGUUUGAAGAUGAGCUUGAAGCUGCUGGUUCAUUGAAGCAUGAAGCUGCUGAAGCAAAGGCUGCAAAGGAGCCCUUGCCUUCCUUGAGUGUCAAAGAGGGUAUGGACCCUAUGACCAUUGCAGGCCUGUCUUUGAAGCUCACUGUGGGGAAUACUUUUACUCACAAAGACCACCCUGGCAAGGUAUUCUCCUUGGAGAAAAAGGGAGCAGGUGCAUUGCAAUUGGCAUACCUGGGUCCUAUCUCCAGCAAAAAGGACAUGGUGACCAUUGAGGCUGCAGACAUUCUUGCCAAGUUGAGAUCGACCAAGGCCAAAGCACCUACCAUGAUUCCAGAUGAUGUGCUGGAAGACCUCUUUCCCAGUGCAAAGUUCACUAGUGAGAUGGAGAAGGCCAAAGCUUUUUUGGCUUUGUGGAAUUGCUAUGACAAGAUGGAUUGUGAUUCAAAUCAUAUCCAAGUCCUCCAGAAUGGCAUGAAGCUGAAAGUGUUUGCCAAGAAAGAGUUCAAAGCAAACCAGCUAUGCCUGAUACCCAUCACCACCUCUUGUGCGCACUUGAAUGAGAACAAGCCUUCAAAGACAUGCCCAACCAUCCAGAAUCCUGAGACUAAGCUCACCUUCUACAUCAAUGGGCCUAAGAUUUGGAAGAAGGAUGAAGACAAGAGUGGCUGCAUUGCUCCCUAUUGGCUGCUUUCUGAGCAUGAGGAGGGCCAGAUGGAAAGCAAAAGCUUCAAAUAUGAAGGGCAUGUGGUUUCAGGCUUCACAAAUGUGGCACCCAUCAGUGUUGGCCAAGAGAUCUUCAUCAAAAAACAAGAAGAUCCAAAGGAUGGCUCCAGAGCAAAGAAGGCAAGGAUCAGCAAGUAA